AUGGAUAAGUUUUAUUUCAAUUAUCGAAAUGAAAAAGAUGUUUCUCCCCGGUCUGGUCUACUCAAAGUACAAAAAUCGGUUGAAACUCUUCAGCAAACUCACACUCCACCAGGAUCAUCACAGUUGGUUCGUCUUUCAAAUCUUAAAAAUUCUAUCAACGAUAAAGAUCCAAAAACAAUGUCAAAAUCAGAAUUGAAGAAGUUGCUCAACAGUGUUUCACAAGCAUUUAACCAAGUGAAUGAUAAAAAUAAAGAAGAAACUUUACCAAUUAUUGCUAAAUGCAUUAUAAAAAUUAGUGGUGUACAAGAGUCAGCCCUAUUAUCUGUUUUACAGCAUCCUUUUGUUUCUUCGCUUCAAGCUCCAUUCAUUGAUUUACUUCAUCGUUGGCGAAAUUCUUCUUCUAUAUCUAAUGGUGAAGCUGUAGCGUUUCUUGCUGUAGUUAAGCUGAUCAAAAAAUUAGUCAAAUAUACAGAUGAUACCAGAGUGCUUCCAUCAUGGUUGUUCGAUUCAACAUUUCUUCAUACAAUUGCCGAUUGUCUCACCGAUAUUGCCACAUCACGAAAAUAUUUUGAUGAAAAACAUUUUUUUUCGUUAAAACGUUUCACACGUUUAAUUAGAGUAUAUACUCAUUGUCAACUACGAUGGAAUGAUCAUAAUGAUAAUGAUAAAGAUAAACUUGUGAUUCUACUGGGUCCUAUUAUUCAGCGUCUCACUUCAUCGCGUUAUGCUCAUAUUUUCACAAAUACAUCAAAAAAUACAACGAAAAUGACAAUUAUCGAAAAAUUUUACCUGCUUAGAUGUCCAUCAUUUCUCAUUUCAUACAACGGUUCUUGUCUCGAAGAAACUAUGGAAGAUUUACUUGCAACAAUGUUACCUAAAUAUAUAACAAUUUUAAAUAAGAUAGUUCCUUUAGUAAACGAUUGGAAACGACCAAUGAUUCAAGCAGUAAAUUAUUUAUUGAAAAUAAUAGAUCAUGGUGCAGAUAGAUUUCCAAAAACUGCUAAACUUGUUAGCGGUAAUCUAAAAUUAAUUGAUCAUGUAUUGGCAUUGGUCAAUGAGCCCCUAUUCUACGAUAAUCUGCAGAAAAAAUCGAGUAUAGAGACGAAUUUUAUGAAUACAGCGCUUGAUUUUCUGGUAAAUAUGAGAAGUGACCCAGCAAUUCUUGCUCAUAUGAAACAAGCUUUGUCAGCACCUAUAUUUCUUCGUUUAACAUCAUGCGAACAUAAAUCAUUAGCACUUCAUGCUAACAAUCUUCUUGCGUAUACAAUGCAUGAAGAAGAUAUCAAAGCAAUGCCUAAUCCUGGUCUAUUACUGAAAAAUAAUAUUAAAAUACUUAAAACUACAAUAAAUAAAAAGUCUGAUGAUCAUAGCAACACUGAACAGCAAUUAGAAACUUUAAAAGGUCUUAUUCAACAUGAUCAAAUAAGAGAUGAACUUGUGAAACAAAAUGAUAUUCCAUUUCUUCUCAAAUGUGCUGACACGUUAACCGGCAAAUCAUAUGCAUUAGUGCUAGAAAUCUUAUGGUCUUUGUCAUUUCGCGACGAAUGCGCAGCAGCACUACGCUCCAAUUCAAAGUUUCUUAAACAUAUUGAAACCGUUUCGAAAACCACAGACGAUGAACAAAUAAAAAAAUCAAUUGAAGGACUUACCUGGGUACUUGUAGAAAACCCGGUAAUGUUGGAGAGAAGAGCGAAAAGAGAAUCCGAAGAAAAAAAUGAAGCGACUCCAGAGAUGAUAACAGUUACGGAGGAAAUCGUGAAAAGCGAUGGUACAAAAGAACUUCUAACAGUUACUAAACCCGCUCCGCAAGCUAAUCGUGAACGAAAAUUUCAAUAUGAUAUUAUGAUCUCGUACUGUCAUGCUGAUAAAGAACUAAUUUGUAAGAUACAUAAAUUUCUUCUUGCUGAAGGUUUUCUCGUAUGGAUCGAUUUGAAUAACAUGUUUGGACCAGCCAUGAGUGCGAUGGCUGAUGCAGUUGAAAAUUCAGAAUUCGUUCUAGUUUGUAUGUCGGAUUCUUACAAGCAAAGUACAUAUUGUCAAGCUGAAGCAGAAUAUGCAUUCAGUUGUAAACGACGUUUAGUGCCAUUGAAAGUAAGACCAAGAUAUAGAGCAGAUGGAUGGUUAGGAUUUAUGAUUGGAUCAAGAAUAUAUAUUGACUUUGGUGCAUUGGAUUUUGAAACAGCUUGCAAAAAACUAAUAGCAGAAAUCGCUCGUCAAUCACAAAGACCUCUUCCAUCGAAAGCAGCAGCUGCAGCUCAACCAAAAAUACCUAUUGAAGCAGUUCGUGUCGAACCAGAAAUGUCUGUAGUUUGUGUAGAAAAAAAACUUGAGCUCAGUGAAAAAGGUUCCCUUGCUGCAUAUAAGAAUCGAAAGCCGGCAUCUGAUUUUAUAAAAAUACCUAUGAACCAAUGGAGAGAAUCGGACGUAUUGGAUUUUCUUUUUACACAAAAAUUUAUUGAAUUAAUGCCAUUGUGUGAAAUGUUCAAUGGUAGAUCACUUAUAAAAUUAUACAGGAUGUGUAAAACUCAAAGCGGUCAAACAUUUACUUUUCUGAAUGAUGAGUUGAAAUCAACGUACAAAACGAAAUUACCUUUUGGAAUCUAUGUCCGAUUUGUAAGUGCAAUGGAGCAAACUUUGGCCACGCAAACACCACACCCAGUAAAAAAAACAUCUAUUAAAAAUGUUCCUCCUGGUCCAUAUGAGGAAGCGUCAUCACAAAUAGUUUACGAUUAUGCUCCAUCGAUAUCUUCUGCACCUUUUGAUCUUGUAAUUACUUCUAGUGCUUCAAGUAUGGAUAUUUUAAGAGCUGUAGAACAGUAUGGUCCGAAUUUGAAGAGACUGUUAAACGUUUGA